UUCCCUGAUUGGCUGCGGAGCAACUCCUGCUCGCUCUUUCUCCACCCUCAUUGGGCGAGAGUCUCAGCCAGCGGUACUUCAAAGCAGGCGCUCCCCACACUUAGGCUGAGUUUAGCCGUCCAGAGACAGGAGUGUACUUAGCGCAAGUGGGGGAAAUACAGCGGGGAGCGCCGAGGACGCUCGCGCGAGGCAGAGCCCCCCUUCGGAUCCCGCCGCCCAGCCGGGAGACUUGGCUAUGGCUACGUCUAUACUUGGGGAAGAGCCACGCUUCGGGACCACGCCUUUGGCCAUGCUGGCCGCCACCUGCAACAAGAUCGGCAACACCAGCCCGCUGACCACCUUGCCGGAGUCGAGCGCCUUCGCCAAGGGCAGCUUCCACCCGUGGAAGCGCUCCACCUCCAGCUGCAACCUGGGCUCCAGUCUGUCCGGCUUCACGGUGGCCACCAGCCGCGGCUCGAGCGGGCUGGCCAGCGGCAGCGGCACGGCCAACAGCGCCUUCUGCCUGGCCUCCACGUCGCCCACCUCGUCGGCCUUCAGCAGCGACUACAGCGGCCUCUUCUCCAACUCGGCGGCUGCGGCGGCUGCGGCGGGAGUUUCCCCUCAGGAGGCCGGCGGGCAGUCGGCCUUCAUCUCCAAAGUGCACAGCUCGGCGGCCGACAGCCUGUACCCCCGCGUGGGCAUGGCGCACCCUUACGAGUCGUGGUACAAGUCCGGCUUCCACUCGACGCUGGCGGCGGGCGAGGUGGCCAAUGGCGCGGCGUCGUCGUGGUGGGACGUGCACACCAACCCGGGCUCGUGGCUGGAGGUGCAGAACCCGGCCGGCGGCCUGCAGAGCCCGCUGCACUCGGGCGCCCCCCAGGCCUCCCUGCACUCGCAGCUGGGCACCUACAACCCGGCCGACUUCAGCUCCCUCACGCACUCGGCCUUCAGCUCCACGGGCCUGGGCUCGACGGCGGCGUCGCACCUGCUCUCCACUAGCCAGCACCUGCUCACGCAGGAGGGCUUCAAGCCCGUGCUCCCCUCGUACACGGACUCCAGCGCCGCGGUGGCGGCCGCCAGCGCCAUGAUUUCCGGCGCCGCGGCGGCCGCGGCAGCUGGGGGAGGCUCGGCGCGCUCCGCCCGGCGCUACUCGGGCAGGGCCACCUGCGACUGCCCCAACUGCCAGGAGGCCGAGCGUCUGGGGCCGGCGGGGGCGAGCCUGAGGCGCAAGGGCCUGCACAGCUGCCACAUCCCCGGCUGCGGGAAGGUGUACGGCAAGACGUCGCACCUCAAGGCGCACCUGCGCUGGCACACGGGCGAGCGGCCCUUCGUCUGCAACUGGCUCUUCUGCGGCAAGCGCUUCACGCGCUCCGACGAGCUGCAGAGGCACCUGCGGACUCACACGGGCGAGAAGCGCUUCGCCUGCCCGGUCUGCAACAAGCGCUUCAUGCGCAGCGACCACCUCAGCAAACACAUUAAGACGCACAACGGCGGAGGAGGGGGCAAAAAGGGCAGCGACAGCGACACGGACGCCAGCAACCUGGAGACGCCGCGCUCCGAGUCGCCCGACCUCAUCCUGCACGAGGCGCGGGGCAAGGACUCCACAGCGGGGCCCAACGACUCGUAGUAGGGGCUGAGGGAGGGCGGCGGCGGCGGGAGAAGUUUUGGCGGGACAGGUUUUGGCGGGAGAAGUUUUGGCGGGACACGGACGCGCCGAGGAAGAGGCCGGAGGAGAGAGAGAGAGCGCGCGAGGAGAGGAAGCGGCGCGCGCGGGAAGGGAGGGGAGGGGGACGCCAAAGGCAACCCCAGAAACAGCAGCAGCAGCAGCACCGCCACUUUGGCUCCACUUUUCCCGGAGCUUUCGAAAGGGGGGGGAGAGAGAAAGGGGUGGGAGUGGGCGAAAAAGGUGAAGCAGAGGGCGCGCUUUUUAGACCUUUUUUAUAUAUAUAUAUAAAAAGACUCUUGUUGGAGAGACUUGAACCCUGCAGGAAAGGGCAGAGACGCAGACAAAACAACCAUUCAGUAAACAAUAAACCACGACCUUAUCUUCCUGGCGAACAGCAAUAGAAGCGGCUGGAGAUCACGCGCAGGCUCCCCUCUCCGAAAAGAAAAGAGGGGGAAAAAUCAGACUAAACCAAGCAAAAUUUAAAGGGGGGCAAAAACAAAAACCAAACCAUGAAGCAAACGAAACAACAACCCGCCACCCAGGACCUCACCACGCAGCCCUUUUGGAGUGGAUUAUUAUGAUAUAGCUAUACGUAUAAACCUACUGCAGACUAAAGCAAGUCGUAAUCGACAAAGCAAUCAACCACAACGCUUUUUCUAUUUAAAUAUUGGAAAAGGAGAAAUCGUCCUUUACACACACACUCAGACACACAAACACACACAGAGGCUUAAGGUGAGAAAUUAAACUGGAAAACGGUUGAGACAGUUUAUCUCUGUAUCAUCAAACAAAUGUAUAAAUAGGGUUUCAAAACACACACACACACAAAGGAUCGCGUUCUCUCUUUUCCCCUUGUAAAUGUCAAUUCUAAUAGGGAUUUUUUUUGGGAGGGGGUAAUUCCUGAAAUUCAGGGGAGUUUUUUUUUUAAAAAAGAAAUUAUUAUGAUGAUUAUUAUUAUUUCUGAUGCACUUUGUGGAGGUCAGUAUAUAUGUAAGAGAUAUUUAACAUGUUGAGUUAACAUUUCACUCACACCAGUAAGUUAAGGUUGUUUAAAGGAAUUAAAUGCGUUUAUCUGUAUUGAGGGGGGGGGACAACACUUGGCAUAAUAUUUUCAUUUUGGUAUUAUUAAAGAACUCUGAACAAUG